AUGACCGGCAUGGUUCAGACUGACCUGGCUCAUCCACCCGCAACUAGAUUCAAAGACGAACCUGCAGAGGAUCCCCUUCGGCAUCAAAGCGCGCAACACCACCAUCUUCAGCAUCCUAGACCUGCAACCGUCAUACAAUCAUCGAAACAACCAGGGUCACCCCAUCAGCCAUCGACUACCUUGUCUUCUGGGCCAUACAACUCCCACCCAUUAGCGCACGGUGUCCUCCAUCACCCUUACGGUCCAUCACAGGAACAACCAUACUACACACCGCAUUCAACCUAUACAACAGCCAGUGCACCGAGCCAGUACCCGUCGAGUGGCCCCUCUGAAAUUAUGGCAACGGCUGCACAGAUGCAGAGGCCAUAUCCUCCGAUCUAUCACACACCCCAAUCCAGUUCACCCGCUUCAGUAGCAUCGCAGACCCACGAGCCGCACAGUCGGAACAUCUACACACAAUCGCCACAGAUGACGUCUCAAAUGUACAGUUACCAACCCUAUUCGCCAAUGAAUCCAGUUCAGCCCUCACCUUAUGGGCCCAAUGCAUCGCCUCAGCAGCAUCCCCUUACGACCCAGUCGCUGAUGAUGCCGCAUCAGACCAGCACUGCACAGUUGCCUCAUCAUCCCACCCAGGGCCCGAGUAGUGCUAUUGCAAACAGUCCCACUGCUACCGUACAACAACCAACUCCCCCCCAGAGAAAUAUGCUGAAUCCACCGCUCCCUGCUACGACCGCUGCACCCAUUUCAGGUAGUAUUGCUCAUCACCAGAGCUCAAGUGUUGGUGCAAGCUCUAGUGCAGCACCCGGGCCAAUUCCUGCCACGACGCCUCUCGUUGUUAGACAGGAUAGCAACGGAGUUCAAUGGAUUGCAUUCGAAUAUUCCCGGGACCGUGUGAAAAUGGAGUAUACUAUCCGAUGCGACGUCGAGUCAGUGAGCGUGGAUAACCUUAGCCAGGAAUUCAAGACCGAGAACUGUGUGUACCCUCGUGCGUGCUGCAGCAAGGAUCAGUACCGGGGUAAUCGCUUGGUGUAUGAAACGGAAUGCAACGCCGUUGGAUGGGCAUUAGCCGAACUUAACCCUGCAUUGAGGGGGAAGCGCGGUCUAAUUCAGCGGGCUGUGGAUAGCUGGAGAAAUAGCAACCAAGAUCCACGUCUUCGCAGUCGCCGUGUGAGAAGGAUGGCUAAGCUGAACAGACGACAAGGGCUUCCCGCACCACCACCACCGCAUAUGGCACCAUCGACGCCGGUUGCUCCGGGUAUCCCAGCCGCCAAUCUGGCUGCAGCCGCUCCACACCCAGGGCUAGGGCCCUUGGCCAUGGGCCCCCCUCAGCUACACCAUCACCAUGCCCAACCCGAUGGAGGUGCAGCCCAUGAAGAAGUCAGCGGUCCUCCGGAAUUUCCGAACGGGAUCCACCGUCCACUUGCAUCAGAUCAUCCGCCGCCUGGCCAGUCCCCCACAGAACUUCGCAACGCCCAAGUCUUCCAUGGCUUUCACUCUUACCCAACGGCAGGCAAUAUUGGCAGUGGACCGCGGGGUCCUUCAAUACCACCACUGCUCCGGGAAAGUGGCAUAGGGGCUCUAGGGCGGCCUCCAACAGUCGCGACGGCGAGCCGUAUUAGAGAGGUAGAGGACGAGGAGGAGGAGCAAAACCCUAGCACUGAAGCUCUCUUUGGCACCCCCCCGGGUGGCAAACCUCGCAAAUUCAUCCUGGUAGACGACACCCAACGCGGCGCACGCGUUCGGGUGAAGGUUUCUUUGGACCUAGUUGAUAUGGAUGAAAUUCCUGAUUCCUACCGGAGGACGAACUCGGUAUUCCCUCGGACCUACUUUCCUGUUCAAAUGCGAAGCCCUCGCGCCUCAAUCGUGCCUGGCAACAGGUUCAUCAAGGAUCGCUCCGAGCUCGACGAUGAAGACGACGAGGUACCGACCGCGGGACGGGUCAUGGUUCCCGUUCCUCAAAUCGAUGGUGAGAGCGAUAUCGCGGUUCCUCGGCUAUCUCGAGCUCGACGACGGAAGGAGGUUCUCCUCAACGACUUGGCCUACCGAAUUAGCUGGAGCCAAAGCCGAGUAUUUGCAGGACGGAUGAUGUUUUUACAACGAUCACUGGAUGCAUACCGCAACAAAAUGCGCGCCGCGAUGGUGGCUGAGGGCCAGGACCCUUCGGCGAUCCCUCAACAUUUUGAGACGCGAGCGGGAAAGCGGCGCUUUCUUGAGCGCAAGCGACGAGUCACCCCCGCCAGAGAGGCCACGGCACAUAUUCUCUCUGCCUCCCGACACAGUGCGGAAGAAGUUGAAGCUUGA